AAUGUAAAAUGUAUUAGAAGAGCAUACCUUAAACUUAAAAAUAAUUUUUUUUUGCCUAUUUUCAUGCAUAAAUUUAUCUAGUAGCACUUAUAUAGAUUUUUUCCACCUAUCUUCCUCCACCCCAUCAUAAUAUAAAAUCAUCCUUACUUCCUGUAAUACUCAUAAUAAUGUCCUGCCCUAUUGGACUCUGAACUGCUUUCUGUCAUUUUUUUUAUAAGUGCCGAGCUUUAUCUAGAAGGCACAGAACAAAAGGUAAAACAGUGCCAGACAAACAGCCACCCAGACAGGAUUUCUCCUAAACCAGGGGGUGACCAUGACCUGCUGCGAAGGAUGGACAUCCUGCAAUGGAUUCAGCCUGCUGGUUCUACUUCUGUUGGGAGUAACUCUCAACGCAAUACCUCUAAUUUUCACCUUAGUGGAUGAAGGCCAAUUUUUUGAAAACCCCAUCUCCUGCUUUGAAUGGUGGUUCCCUGGAAUUAUUGGAGCAGGUGUGAUGGCCAUUCCAGCAACAAUGAUGUCCUUGGCAGCGAGGAAAAGAGCGUGCUGCAACAACAAAACCGGGAUGUUUCUUUCAUCUCUUCUGAACGCCAUCACAGUCAUCGGAGCUGUGUACUGCCUGCUGCUGUCCAUCCAGGCUCUCGCGGAGGGCCCUCUCAUUUGCAGCUCUCCAAGCAACACAACUUCCAGUUGUGAAUUUUCACUAAAAAACUUACAUGCCAGUUAUAAAGAAUCCUUUGAUCUGCAGUGGUUCUUCGAAGACUCUUGUGUUCCUCCUACGGAUUCCAAUAAUCCCUCCAUCACCAACACAACAGCCAGUAACGGGAGAGUAUACAACUUGCACUUCGAUUCUAUAGAAAACAAACACAGGAUUAUCCAUUUCUCAGUAUUUUUAGGUCUAUUGCUUGUGGGCAUUCUCGAGAUUCUGUUUGGACUCAGUCAGAUGAUCAUCGGCUUCUUGGGCUGUCUGUGUGGAGGAGUCUCUAAGCGAAGAAGCCAAACCGUGUAGUUUAGUAACAAUAAAACGGAAAUACAAGUUCAAAUCAUUUGAGAACAUUUAAAAGACAUGCU